CCCUCUUUAUAGAAUCGGUGCCGCGAAAAUUGAAAUUUUCCAUCCAUUCUCACUCCGAUCAUCUCAUUCGUAUCACUAUUCAGCACUAACGCCGGCCAUGAAUCCUGAAUAUGACUACCUGUUUAAGCUUCUGCUGAUUGGAGAUUCCGGUGUAGGGAAGUCAUGCCUUCUUCUGAGGUUUGCUGAUGACUCAUAUCUUGAGAGUUACAUUAGUACCAUUGGUGUAGACUUUAAAAUACGCACAGUGGAGCAGGAUGGAAAAACGAUUAAGCUGCAAAUAUGGGAUACAGCUGGACAAGAACGUUUUAGGACAAUUACUAGCAGUUACUACCGUGGUGCUCAUGGUAUCAUUGUAGUUUAUGACGUGACUGAUCAAGAGAGUUUCAACAAUGUGAAGCAAUGGUUGAAUGAAAUUGAUCGAUAUGCAAGUGACAAUGUUAAUAAGCUUCUUGUUGGAAACAAGAGUGAUCUCACCUCCCAGAAAGUUGUCUCCACUGAGACAGCCCAGGCAUUUGCUGACGAAAUUGGGAUACCAUUCAUGGAAACAAGUGCUAAGAAUGCUACUAAUGUGGAGCAGGCUUUCAUGGCUAUGUCUGCUUCCAUCAAGAACAGGAUGGCGAGUCAACCAGCGAUGAAUAACGUUCGACCUCCAAGCGUGCAAAUUAGAGGACAACCCGUUAACCAAAAAACCGGCUGCUGCUCCAACUGAAAUCUUAAGCCGUGCGUUUGGUUGACAUCAAUUUGUCUUAAAAUUGGAGCUUGAACUAGUUAGGGGUUUAGGAAGAAGACUUCAUAAUCGUUACCUGUUUUAUCUGUGAACCACUUCUAUGCUCAAAUAUCCAUCAUUUUUUAUAAUGUUUUGUCAAGGAAGGAAAGUGUGUACAAAGUAACGUUAUUGGUCAGAACCAGUGUUACCGUUCUCUGUCGGAAUUCAA